AGAGAGUGGAAGCUUUAAUCUAAACAAGAUAUUGUUGAUGGCGAGCGGAUGGGGAUUAUCAAGCUGUCUUCUGCCGGAGUCUCAGUAGCAUCCAAGCAUUUGGCACUGGCGCCGGGCUGUGUGACAGGUGUAGCGUUUCUCUUUGUUUUGCUGCUCUCCUCUCUGAGCCAGGUAAAGCAUGCAUACAUGUAAAUGCCGUAGGGAUGGCUGAAAAGACGAGGAAUCUACCUUGUUCUGAUGAAGAGACGAUUUGCCACAACCCUCAGCAUUGGAAGAGAAAUCAAAUAGAAACGCAGUUAACGCUCUGGAGCAGAUUCCAACGUACUCAGAAUCAAAACUCGCCUUUAUUUCCAAAACAGUGGAUGUUCGAUAGACGUCGGGAAAUGACUCCUGUACCAAAUUACAAAAGUAAUGUUUUAAAUGUGUUUAUAACUUGCACGUCUGACAGCGAAACUGCCAACCGUCAUUUUAAUAAUUCAAUUACCUGCCAAUUUAAAGGGAGAUCUGCGAAAGAGAUAUAGGUUGUUGAAAUAUAAUUUUCCCUCUGAAAUUAAUAGGAAACUGCAGCCAUCCCUCUUCAGAAAGUCAUGAUUAAAUCAUAUUUCUUGUUUGUUAUGAGAGUUUAACUAGGUUCGCUUCGUUCAAAUGAUUGCUUUCAAUUCUCUCCUUUGUAAGUAAGUGAUCGAAGAACCAUGUAACAACAUAAAUUUCCCUCUGAUGUCCUGCCACGUGCUCUGUUAUGGUUUUACAAGUAGGCGAUGCAAAAUUGUAUGACGAAUGAAACAUUUUUUCAUCACUUCUUUAAACGAUAUGCCUAAAAAUGCAGCGAUGAACAUCCGCUAGAUAUCCUUUCCUCUUCAAUUUCAAGCCCAUCAGUUUAAUUUCACUUUGUUGAGUAUUAACUAAAGCUUUAGGAGGUAAAUUGAGUGAACAAAACUUCACUCGUGCGUUAUCGAUAUUCAACUGGGAGGGACCGCGAGGCAAGUUCACUCUUGCUUUUCUGGGAAUGUGCCCAAAACAUGAAGUUCUAAGCUCCUGGUUCUGUUUAAGCGCCGGGAGCUGGGGAAGCAGAGGCACAACGUGAGACCAUGUCCGUUCACUGUCACUUCUGAAGAAUUCUGGAUUGGAAACGUUAAUUUCGUUUCUCUCUACGCAAAUGCUGCCAGACCUGCUGAGCUUACCCUGUAAAUUAUGUUUUUGUUUCACUCUCUGUGCCUGGCGAGUUUGCAGUCGGCGCAAGGCAGACGAUGCAAUUCACAUCUCAUUUUAAAAACAAAUCACAAGUGAAAGCAGUUAGAGCAAAAACCGACAAUGCGGAGGCGAUGAAUAACGGAAUUGGCCUAAAAAGAAUUCAUGAUGUGGAUUUAAUUAUUGGCGAAAUGAAAAUUAAUGAGUGAAUUAUUGAUUCAAUCAUAUCUUUAAUCAAAUUUCCCCAUUUUUUGUUCCUUGAAAUAUCCAGUUCUAUAAUCUCUCGUUUCUCCCGAUUGCAAAAAAAUUCCAAUUGCGUUGUCUGAGAUCCGCAAGACUUUUAAGAAUCGCUAAUAGCAGGAAUGCAUCAAUUCUCAGAUUUUCCCUCCAGAUUUAACACAGUAUUGCAGGUUUCAGUUGAGAAGUAAUUAGUUACGUUGUGUUAAUUGGCCUAAAGAGAAACCCCUUGACCAAAUUAAUUUCACUGAGCGCCAGUUUAGUGAAAUCAUUCAUUUCGGAGGUAACAACGUAACGCGUUCGUUUUCGCACCAAAGGUAUGAAUCAGAUUUCAUACAUCUCGUUUCGGCCAUGAAGCGAACAGAUAAUUUGUUUUAAAACAGCAGUUCAAUAAAUUCGCAUUUAAAUAUUAUUUACAAAAUCGAAAAACCAGGAAUUGGGUAAUGAGCCCUCGAAUCGCCAGCUACAUCUGAUUUCAACUCACUUGAAACUUAAAGGAAAGUGAGAUGCGGAGGCCCCAAAUGUAAACUGAAGAGAGAAAAAUAUAGGGGCGCUUGGAGAUUUGCUUCGGAGUUUAGGUGAGGCGUGGACAAUUCAACAAUUUAAAUUUAGAUGAGUUUAUUUGCUCAACAGACCAGCAUGAUCCCCCUCCCCCAGAAUAAAUUCAGCUUCUGUUUUAUUUUAAUUUAGAUAUUCAUGUCGUUUCUUGCGUCUUCAUAGAUGAAAGUUAAAUGUAAUGAGAGGGAGAGCAAUGCAAUUGUAACCAGCCCGUAACACAAUUACUUCGUGAUUGAUAUUUCGUAUGUUUACGCGACCGGCACUGUUCAAAACUAGAAGUUCCUGCAGAGAUAACGCUAAUCUCGAGUUUUCAAGAGCUGUAGAAUAUUCGAUGAAGGAUUUUUAAAUUUACAAAAAGAUCUACACUGACCAACAAUGAGGAAAAUAACAUUGCCUCUGUUCAAUUCUAUUGCAUGGUUUUUGAUAUAGUACAAUGUUGAUAUGUGUAGAUUCAGAGCAAAAUGGGGGUUCUAUAUUGUUAUAGUGUCAUCUGCAAGCACUUGCUACAUUAUUAUGCUUCAUAAUGAUAGUUUUUAUUAUUAUAAUGCAUUCUGAAGAUACAUUAUCAUUGAAGAAACCAUAAUCUCUUAACUGGAGGAGUGGAGUAAUAUGUGACCUCAAGAGAAUAAACGGUAGAAAACCAAACAGAUUUUUUUACAUCUUCGAUCUUUUCUCUAUAUAAAAAAUAAUCACACACGUCUCUGAGAUUAUCUUACUGUAUUCACAGCUAACAAUUAUUUCGCACUACACUCAAUUGCUGGCCUGUAAAUUUUAGCUGGUAUAUGUGCAGUUAGUACACCAGAUAAUUGUAGGAAUAAGGAUGAAUUAAAGGAUUUCAAAAAUGCAAUUGCGACUAUCGCCAAGUAUAGGGACACAUCUAUGCCGACAUUGGGUGUGCUAAAGUAUAUAAGUUGGAUUUCUUUUAAAAUUUAAGUUCCUUUUUUUUAAAAAAAAACUGCAGCCAACAUCACAUAACGUCAAUCGUAUUCAAAGACGAAAAACAUUUCUGCGUUAUGAAGGACUCGAAACGUUGUGUCUUUCUCCACAGAUGCUGCUAGAUCUACUGAGUUUCUCCAGCGAUUGCCGUUGUUAUGUAGAAACGAGGUGUGCUCCAAAUUUAUUAUGAUUUAUAUUCCCUUUUCUUUAAAAAGAAACAUGGCCAACAUCUCGCAAUACUAAUCAAACAAAGCAAUGGAUUAAAAAAAAGGUAUCGAAGCAAAUACUUAAAAAAUUGGAAUGCUAUCUGCAUUGAUUUAUCCUUCAUGUCAAUCAUAUUAAAGCAAAACUGAAAAACAAUAUUAUUUGGAAUUUCUUUAUACAUCAAUUCAACCCUCGCAACAAUCUAGAGCCUUAAAAAACCUUUUUUCUGCAUUAAGAAACAGGAGUAGGUCAUUCAGCCGCUCAAUCCUGUUCUGCUCUUCGAUGAGAUUUUGGCUGCUCUCUGGCCUAACUCCAUAUACCUGCCUUUGGCUCGUAUCCGGUUAACAAAAUAAUGUCUAUCUCAGAUCCGUAUACAUCACAUUGAUCAUAUCAAAGCAAAGACUAAAAGUUAAUAAAUUGGAAUUCGUUUUUGCAUUAAUUCAUCCCUCACACUAAUCGUAUCAAAGCAACGACUAAAAGUUCUGAAGGGUUACUGGACUCGAAACGUUAACUCUGCUUUCUCUCCACAGAUGCUGCCAGAUCUGCUGAUUUUCUUCAGCAAUUUAUUUUUUUUAUUCAGACCUUCAGCACCCACAGUUCUUUGUUUUGGAAUUGCUUUCUUUUUUUAUAAAUUGGAAUAUUAUCUGCAUUAAUCCAUCUUUCAUAUCAAUCGUUUUAAAGCAAAGACUGAAAAACAAUAUCUCACCCCUCACAUCAUUCGUAACAACGCAGAUCUAAAACAGAGUUUCUUUCUGCAUUAAUUUACCGCUCAUAUUGAUCGUAUCACCUCAAGGUCUAAAGAAAAUACAUAAUUUGGAAUUACUUUCUUUAUUAAUUCACCCUUCGAAACAGUCAUACCAAAGGAAAGGCUAAAGAUUUGGUUUUGGGUGGCCUUAUGCGUUAGUUCACCUCUCACAUCAAUCGUAUCAAAACAAAGUCUACAAAUAUCUAUAAUUCUGAAUUUCUUUCUGCCCUAAUUGCGCCUCUGACUCAGACACAGAGCAGCUUCAGUUUCGGGCGGACACGCGCCCACCUCCUGUGGCCAAGGGCACGCGCCCACCUCCAAUGGCCAGGGGCUCGCGACCGCGCGCCGGCGGCGGCACGUGACACGCGGCCAGCCAAUGGAUGCUUUCCCCAUUCCUGCUCCGCCCAUCUCACCGGCCUUAUUUGAAUCUCGGGUGCCUGGGAGCCAAUGACGCGUGUGGGGCCCGCCCCGAGCUCCUCCGUUGUGACGUCACCCGCAUCCCCCUGGGGUGGCCGAGCAGCAACAAAACUGCACUCGGAGUCUCGGCAGUUUGCAAGCUAUUGGUUGCAGCAAAAAGAAAUCCCACCUAAUCCACUUUAGUUGCAUGUCAGUUUUACAAGAGAGGGAGGGAAAAAUAAUCGUGCAAUUAAAGGGAGCUUGAAUUCUUUUUUUCGGUUGCAAUUUAGGUGGGGGAAGGAAAGCCUGCUGGAUUUUCUCUUUCUUUUCUUGGCAAAAGAGAGAUUAAACUGGCGGGUUUAUAACUAAUUCCCCACGCAUCUUGCUCGAUGAUGCUUCCAAGCCCGGUCACGUCGACGCCAUUCUCGGUCAAAGAUAUUCUGAAUCUGGAGCAACAAUCGCGCCAGCAAGUGGCCCAUCACUUGCAGCAGGAUUUAUCGUCUCAGUUCCAGCCGCCGCCGCCGCCGCCUUCGUGCAUGCACGCCGCCGGGGAGGCCUCCAGCUUUUCGGAUGGGGAGGAGAAAAUUCCCUUUUUGAACUCUCUGUCAGUACAAGACAGUCAGGGGGACCCGAGCCUUUCCCCAGAGCUUUACGUUCACGCAGGACUGAGAAGCCCGUGUGAAACCAAAUUAGAUGAGGAGAUCCUACGAGAUGAGGUCAAGAAAAGCUAUUCCCUAAAGAAGUGCUCAGAGAGCGAGAACGUUAAAGCAGAGGAUGGUGAACGGCCGAAACAAAAGCAGAGAAGGAAACCCCGUGUGCUUUUCUCACAGGCCCAGGUGUUUGAACUGGAGAGGAGGUUUAAGCAGCAGAGAUACCUGUCUGCUCCUGAGAGAGAGCACCUGGCCAACACUCUUAAACUGACCUCCACCCAGGUCAAGAUCUGGUUCCAGAACAGGCGCUACAAGUGCAAACGACAACGCCAGGACAAAUCUUUGGAGAUCGCGGGCCACCAUCACCCACCCCCGCCCAGACGGGUGGCGGUGCCCGUGCUGGUGCGGGACGGCAAGCCGUGCAUAGCAGGAUCCCAGAGUUACACCAGCCCUUACAGCGUCGGCGCAAACGCUUACGCCUACAACGGCUACCCUGGCUCUUACGGCAGCUACGGCGGCGCCCCGGCCUACAACGCUAACUAUAGCUGCACCUACACAAGCAUCCCGUCGCUGCCGCCUUCCACGGCGUCCAACGCCUUCAUGAACGUGGACCUCAGUAACGUGAACGGCGCUGUACAGACGCAGUCUCACCCAGGAUCCUCUGUGCCCGCAUGCCAAGGGACUCUGCAGGGCAUCCGCGCCUGGUAAAGUACCAUGAGAGACCAGAACUGUUGGCUGCCUUCACUUGCUCUGAACUAUUUUUUAACUGUAGGUCAUUUGAAAAAUCAAGGAAAGCUUAUUUUGAAGGAAAAAAAACACUAUUAUGAUUCCCUUCCAAGACAAUCCCGAUUCAUUUCAGAUCCCUUUGAAUGCUCUCCGACAAAUAUUGCCCUAUGUUUUGUACAUUCUCUGUUAAGCCAUGUGAUUUCACACCCUGUCGUUCGAUUUAUAGUGUCCGACUGGGAAUGGAGCACAGAUCACCCUCCGGAUUCUGCUGUUCAGAAUUGUGUAGUUCGACAGUAAUCCCUCAAAAGAGCCAUUAUGAAGAGCAGCAGAGAGAGAGAGAGAAAAGGGAGAAAAGAGACACCGUCAUAUUUCGAAUGUAGGUAUGGGAUUUUUUUAACAGAAGCGGAAAGGAGUGUUUCACAUAUUUCAGGAAUCCUCAUAAUUCUAAGAGAAAGACGGUUGGAGAAAAGACUAUACAUAAUUAAUACAAUACAAGCUCAGAAAAACGUCGGAGAUACCAGCGGAUUAGACUGCUUCUGAUAGUAGUCACUUUCUCUCUCUCUGCCCCUCUCUCCUCCCAGACCCGUUGACUAACUUUCUCUGUAUUCUAUAGCCGAUUUCCAGCAUCCACAGCAUGUUGCAUUUUCGUUCUGCUACAAACGUUCUUUUGACUCAUUCUGGGAGACGGGGCUCAUGUUUCUAAGGGUAGCAAUUCCUCCCCCUCCCGAGCUGCCUUGAGAAGGCGGUGGCCUAGUCUUUAUGAACUGAAGCCGUUUGACUAAAAUAAGCCACUUCAGAGGGCAGCUAAGAGUCAAUGCUGCUAUGGGAGUUGAGUCAACUUGUGACCAGGUAAAGUGCAACACAAAACUAUAUAAAUAUAUUUUAACGAAUCUUCAUGGGUCAGUUUUGCUGAAACCAGUCCCUUUUUUUUAAGGAAUGCUAUUAUUUCUACAUGCUGUAAACUAAGUUCAAAUUUUCAAACCACAGUGAGGUGGGGUGGCGGUAUUAUUAAUGUAACUGCCAAGCUACCCCUC